AUCGUAAGUGGUUGUAAGAGUGUGUAAGGCGUCGUUGUAAAGCGGUACUUCCGGUUGUAGAGCGUGUUGUGGAAGAUGGUUGAAUUUCAUCUUUCACGACUACAACAGAUGUGAACGUAAGAGCCAACCAAUCAGAGUGCUGUUCACGUCAUCAUGCCGCACACCGCCAUAAUUUACUGCACUCUGAUCGGUUGCUGUAAUCAAGUUUACAACGUAUCUUUACUCUAUUGUAGAUUGAUCCGUUGUAAAACAUUUAUGACUACUACUACUCCUACUCCUACAACCUUACGCUUACGCAAUUGUAGAAUAGCCUUAAUACGCAGUAUUCACAUAUUUGCAAGAUAAAAAUGUACGCUUAUAUAAAAUUGUUAUCUGGGAAAAAUAAAGACAAAAAAAAAAUUAUUCCCACAUCUUGCAUCAAGAAUUUUAAACCAGAGUCACACAAGAAAAUUUUAAAGUAUCAAGUGGAAGAAACAGUAGGCGAAGAACCGUAUGUAGCAACGAUUUUGUUACUAUCAGAUUCAAAUGAAGAACUUAAAGAAAUAAUUAGAACAAAAAGUGUUCGUGCUUCACCAUCGUAUUUGCUUGUGACAGCUUCGGAUAAAUCUGACAACGAGGGAAAAAAACAGUUAAAGCGUUCAAAAACUUUUCAAAUGAAUCGUCAGUUAAAAGAACAAGAGGAACUAGUCUGUAAUAAAUUAUCAAAGUUUAAGAGUGAUUUAUUGCCAAUAAACGUUACAUUAAAAGAUAAGGAAAAUUUAGAUUUGUCAAACAUUACUGAUACACCGCCAUCACCCAAAAAAUAUAGAGUAACAGAAGAUUUAGCACAAACAAAAAAUAAAUUCAUGCAAGAUGACAAUCUAGUCAAAGCACUAACCAAAGAAACAAACACGAGAAACGAAAAGGAGAAGUGUGGUAAUGAGUCCCCAAAAAAACAGUUAAAGCAUUCAAAAACUUUUCAGAUGAAUUGUCAAUUAAAAGAACAAGAGGAACUAGUCUGUAAUAAAUUAUCAAACUUUAAGAGUGAUUUAUUGCCAAUGAACGCAGUUACAUUAAAAGAUAAGGAAAAUUUAGAUUUGUCAAACAUUACUGAUACACCGCCAUCACCCAAAAAAUAUAGAGUAACAGAAGAUUUAGCACAAACAAAAAAUAAAUUCAUGCAAGAUGACAAUCUAGUCAAAGCACUAACCGAAGAAACAAACACGAGAAACGAAAAGGAGAAGUGUGAUAAUGAGUCCCAAAAGCUGAGCAGAUCUAAAGUUAUUCCAAAGAUAACAUGUAUUAGUAAGGUUCAUUCGCUCACAGAAUGUAAAGAAGCUUUCGAAAAAUUAAUAAAAGAAAAUUCUAAGUUACGAACAGAAGGGGAUGAAUUAAUAAAUGAAAACAAAAAAUUAAAGAGCUCCAGAAAGGAACUAAAAAAGCAAAUAGAAGAAAAAGAAUCGGAAAUAAAAAAACUUCGUGAAUUAAAUGACGGUUUGCAAAUUAGUUUCAUUCAAAAAACUAAGGAGUCUACUAAGGAGUAUGAAUCUAAGUUAGAGCAACUUUCAAACUCAAGAGAACGGUUAGAUUACUCUCAGAAUUAUCCAGCAAUUGGAAUUUUGCGUACUUCAGACGAUUUCCGAAGGGUACACAUUGGUAGAAACCAGUGGGUCACUGAAAAACAGUACAGUAAUUUACUAAAUAAUUCAAAAACACCCAGUCAAUGUGCUAGUAAUAUAUUAACGCUAGUUUUCAGUAUUGAAGAAUUAACGACUAGCACAAAAACUGGAUAUGAAAGUAAUAAGAAACUAAGUAAAUUACGUGACUUAAAUAAAGAAACGAAGAGAUUGGGUAAAUUAAAAUGCCCAAAAUUGGACGAAAUAAAAUACGGUGCUUGUGAAGAUUAUUAUAUAUAUUGGAUGAAACAUAUUUAUAAACCAAAUAAAGAAGGAAAAACAUUGUUUUUGUCAGAUAUGUUGAAAUUUGAUAUUUUUGCGGGAAGAAAAAUUGCAGAAAUGAAAAGACCAGAGAGAAAAACAUCAAAAUUAAAAUCACGAAAACUUGUGGAAACUGAAUCAGAUGAUGGAAAAAACUCGAAUGAAAAGCAUUCUGAUUCUGAUAAUGAAGUAAUUUGUGAAGCUGAAAUUAAUCAGUAUAAAAUACAUUCCGCUAAUAAGACUGAAAAACCCUCAACGGAAAUUGAAACAAAUGACAAACCAAAUGAAUAUGAUACUAGAAAAGGAGUAAAUAAAACUACUAAGGAGACUACUAAGGAGACUACUAAGGAGACUACUUCUACUAAUGAGACAGAUGAUGCAAUAAGUGAUACCAAUUUUGAUUGGACUCCAACUAAUUCAUCGGCUUCAGAUGUUGAGGACAUCUGAAUCAAGUCUUAGAGAGAAUAGUUUAGAUGACGUUUUAAGUUUAACAAAUACUUUAAAUUUGUUACUGAAUAAAAGUUUUUUAUUAGUGUUUAUGUUUA